GUUGUGACUUGCAUCUUAUUUAUUCUGCUACAUUAAGUGAUAUUUCCUUAUUUCAAUAAUCAUCACAGUGUAAUGGCUGACAAACAGAAAGUAGACCUUGGUUUGCUAGAAGAGGAUGACGAGUUCGAAGAAUUUCCCGCGGAAAAUUGGGGUACAGAAGACGCUGAUGAUGAAGAUGUAUCGGUUUGGGAAGACAACUGGGAAGACGACGUCAUCCAAGAUGAUUUUAAUCAGCAGUUGAGGUUAGAUCUUAAAGAUUUCUGUUACCUUCAUAUGGGCCCAAUUGCUGUCGUAUUUGAUUCUUCUUCUUAAUCGCAUACCCCAUUGCUGAAGGUCAUGUCCCUGAAAGGCCUUCGUGGCUCUUUGUACCAUCAGCUUCCAUUUCGUUCGGUUUUCGGCUUCUCUCAGGGCGGUCGCAACAGAGAGUUCGAUCAGCGCGGUUACCUGAUCCGACCAACAGUUCGGCGGCCGGCCGGCUGUCUUUUCCCUUCUACCUUGCCCACUACAGACAAUUUUUCAAGGUUGUUUGGUGGCCGCUGAGAAAUAUGACCAAAGUAGCCAAGAACCUUUUGGUAGCAAAUCGUAGACAGUAUUGUUUCUGAUUAAAUUUAGAAUAAUAAGGACCAAGCUUCUGUUCUCCAUUAUAUAUUUAUGCUAUCUGAAUAAAUGUCCAUGUUUUUUUAUUGCUUACAUGGGUGGUCAAGCUUACAGCCCACCUGGCGUUAAGUGGUUACUGGAGCCCAUAGACAUCUACAACGUUAAUGCCGCCCGUGUAAUGUCUCAGUAUUGUUACAACGGCUGCCCUACCCUUCAAACUGAAAUGCUUUACGGCAGAAGGGUGGUGAUGCCUACCCGUACAUACUCACAAGAGCUCCUAUCACCAGUAAAUUCUAAGCGAACACUACUGAUGUGACUUCAUUUAAUAUUAUAGUACAGUAAGCUAUAUUUUAAGUUCUAGAACUAUUUAAAACCCAAACCUUAAAACAAAAUUUUAUAAAUUUAUAUUUUUAAUUUGUCUCGUGCCUCGAACGCACCUAGUUUUUAUUUUAUUUUACAGCAGGAACAUGCCUCUUGUUUGCUCUAAAUAUUAUUAAAUACCUUUAUGUUGAUGUUACAGCAAUCAAUCUUUAGUUGAAAUGUCAUCUAGUACAUACAAUUAGCAUUGAAACUUGUUUCAAAUUUAUAAAUCUUGUGUAAAAAGAUAGAUUGAAUAUUUUUUAUAAAUAUUGAUAUUUCUGGUUAUAUAAGAGUAUGCACUUAGUAUCAGUAAUUAAAGCACAUAGAGACCAUAAUAGGAACUCAAUUGGCCACUCUGAAAUAUAAUACUGAAGUCUAGUUUGAGUUAGAUACAUGCUUUCCAUAGAAAUCAGCCUCCUUUAGUACAUUGCUGCAGGAAGGCACGAAUGGGACGAUCUGCGCUGGUUUGCAAUGACUCUCAUGUACUGUAUAAUCUUUUAAGAUAAUUAGUUGUUGGUACUUAUGUUUCUAACAUUAUUAGUCAUUACAUAUGAUGAGUAUGGACUGCUGGAGAGCAGUUACCAAAUGUAAAUUAUAUCUGAAACAAUUUUAUUUCAUUUCAGGCAACAACUGGAAAAACUGAAGGAUCAGAAAUCUUAAUUUUAGCUUAGUUGUAAUUAAAUAAUAAUAAAUGUGAUUUUUUACAAA